AUUCCAGAUGCAAAGGAGAGAGAGGCCCCACCUCACACAGUCAUGGAAAAAUGAGGAUUUCCACCAAAAAUUCACAGAGCUGCUACUUCUACAGAGAUCUCAACCCAGAGGCUAUGACUUCCUGCUCAGGAGAAAGAUAAAUCAAGAGAUAGUAGAAGAACAAGGACAUUUGAUGGAGGUUGGAGACUUAUUUGACCCAGGCCUGAGUAUCCAGGAGGAGCCUCCCAUUGUCAUACUGCAUGGGGUUGCUGGAAUCGGGAAGUCAACCAUGGCCAGGCAGGUGAGGAGAGCCUGGGAGGAAGGCUGGCUCUUCAGGGACCGCUUCAAGCAUGUCUUCUACUUCAACUGCAGAGAGCUGGCCCAGUCUGAGACAAUGAUUCUCGCUGAGCUCAUCACAACAGACUGGGCUGCUCCUGAUGCUCCUCCCAUUGGGCAGAUCCUGUCUCAGCCAGAGCAGCUGCUCUUCAUUCUUGAUAACUUAGAUGAACCAAAAUGGGACUUGAAGGAGCAGAGUUCUGAGCUCUGUCCACACUGGAGGCAGCAGCAGCAGGUUCACACACUGCUGGGCAGUUUGCUGAAGAAAAUCAUACUUCCCAAUGCUUCCCUGCUUAUCACAGCUCGGAGCACAGCUCUGAGAAAACUCAUUCCUUCCUUAAAGCAACCAUGCUGGGUGGAGGUCCUGGGAUUCUCUGAGUCCACCAGAAAGGAAUAUUUCUACAAAUAUUUCACAGAUGAGAGCCAAGCAAUUAGAGCCUUCACCUUGGUUGAAUCCAACCCGGCUCUCCUGACCAUGUGUCUUGUGCCCUUGGUGUCCUGGCUGGUCUGCACUUGCCUGAAGCAGCAGAUGGAGCAGGAGCAACCACUCUCACUGACCUCCCAGACCACCACAGCCCUCUGUCUCCACUACUUUUUCCAUGUUCUCCCAGCUAAGUCUCUCAGGAUUAUGCUGAGGGACUUUUGCUCUCUAGCUGCUCAAGGCACCUGGCAAGGAAAAACUCUGUUCAGCCCUGGGGACUUCAGGAAAUAUGGGUUAGAUGGGGCCAACAUCUCCACUCUCUUAAACAUGGGUGUUCUUCAAGAGCACUCCACCCCUCAGAACUACAGUUUUGUUCACCUGUGCUUCCAGGAGUUCUUUACAGCAAUGUCCUGUGCUUUAGGAGAUGAGGAGGUGACAAGCAUCAGAAGUAUGAGAGAGUUAUUAGAAGAAUGUGAGUUGGAUUACCUGUUUGGGGAACCAACCACAUGUUUCUUAUUUGGCCUUUUGAGUGACCAGGGGAUAAGAGAGAUGGAGAUCAUCUUCAAAUGCACACUGCCUCUGGGGAGUCAUCGUAAACUGCUGUGGUGGGCCAAGAGAGAGGUCACCUUAAAACAUCCAAACCUAGAGCCAUAUUAUUGGCACUUGCUGCACUGUUUUUAUGAGAUUCAGGACAAAAGGUUUCUAAGAAAACUGAUGCCCAGUAUCCAUGGAUUGAAAAUAUGUGUCCAAACCAACAUGGAGCUUCUGAUGUUCACUUUCUUUUUUAAAUUCUGCCAUCAUGUGAAGAGUCUUCAACUGAAUGAGGGUGGACAGCACAGACAAACAAGAAUGGACACCAAUGUCAUUCUGUACAGCUGGGGCCCGUUUACAGAUUCCUGGUGGCAGACGUUCUUCUCCAUUCUCAAAGUCCCUGGAAGCCUGCAGGAGCUGGACCUGAGUGGGAACUCUCUGAGCUGCUCUGCAGUACAGAGUCUUUGUGUCGCCCUGAAAAGCGCUCACUGUCACCUGGAGACCUUAAGGUUGGCCAACUGCGGCCUCACAGCAGAGGGCUGCAAGGCCCUUGCCCGUGUGCUGAGCACCAGCUGGAGCCUGACAGAGCUGGAGCUGAGCUUCAACCAGCUCCUGGACACCGGAGCCCAGCACCUUUUCCAGGAGCUGGAACAGGCCAACUGCAAGUUGCAGCGGCUGCUGCUGGUCAGAUGUGGACUCACAUCUGACUGCUGCCAGGUACUGGCCUCCAUGCUGGGUACCAGCCCCAGCCUGACAGAGCUGGACCUGCAGCAGAAUGACCUGGGUGACCUUGGUGUAACGCUGCUCUGUGAAGGGCUCAGGCAGCCUGCCUGCCAAUUCAGGAACCUGUGGCUGGACCAGACUCAGCUGAGUGAGGAGGUGACAGAGAUGCUGAAGCUUCUGCAGCAGGAGAAGCCUCAGGUGACCAUCAACAAUGGAAAGCCAAAUCUGAUGAUCACUAAUGAAGACCCAGUGGAAGAACAGAUGGAUAAUGAGAUGGAUGAUAAAACAACUCCACUCAAAUGGCAAGAACCUGAAUCAGAUGAGAGCUACCAUCAAGUAGCACAGGUGAAGGCCUUCUGUCUGUCUUCUCCUGAACCUCUGGGGGACAUACCAGUGGAGUCUAUAGGGACAGAUAAUGACUUCUGGGGCCCCGCAGGGCCUGUGUCUCUAGAGGUGGUGGACAAAGACAGGGGUAUGUACCGAGUUCACUUCCCUGUGGCUGGUUCCUACCACUGGCCCAACACUGGUCUCUACUUUGUGGUGAGAUGGCCAGUGACCAUUGAGAUUGAAUUCUGUGCUUGGGACCAGUUCCUGGACCAGACUGUCCCACAGCACAGCUGGAUGGUUGCAGGGCCUCUUUUUGACAUCAAGGCUGAACCAGGAGCUGUGGAAGCUGUGUACCUCCCUCACUUUAUAGCCCUCCAAGUUGCCUCUACUUUGCUGCACUUUGUGGACCAGCAUCGGGAGCACCUGGUGGCUCGAGUGACUUCGGUGGACGCAGUCCUAGACAAGCUGCAUGGACAGGUGCUGAGCGAUGAGCAGUAUGAGAGGGUGAGUGCUGAGCCCACCAGUCUGGACAAGAUGAGGAUGCUGUUCAGCUUCAGCAAGUCCUGGGACUGGGCCUGCAAAGAUCUGCUCUACCAAGCCCUGAAGAAGACCCAUCCUCACCUAAUUGAGGAACUCCGGAAGAAGUGGAGGAGAUGA